AAAGCAGUUGGGAUAGUAUUGUGGACAAAAGUGGAAUUCAUACGUAACGUGGAAUGUUACGCAAGGGCACUUUAAUGUAGGUCUGGCUCUGCAGGUUUCAGGAAUCACACACAGAUAAGAACCUGGAACAAGCACUCACACGGCUACAAAGAUAGACAGAGGGGCGAAGGGGAGAACGGAUAGGAAGGGACUUGGACACUCAGCCGGGAGGGAUUGUUUUCAGGAGAGACUGCAGAGAGUUUCCUGCUAUUGGAUACAGAUGUUGGAGAGGGGUUUGAAGCAAGAGGAGACAAAACCAGGACAGCUGUGAGCAGCAGACCCAAGAGGACCCACACGGAGGAGUGACCAGGAUUCAAACACAAGGAUCGUGGGCCGGACAAAACAGGAAGAGGUUUCCCACGUUGGAAUUUGAAAACUAGUCAACAGUGAAUGUUUGACAAAGGCUUGGUAGCUGCAGCUGAGAGAGGAUCUCCCAGAAGAACCGGCCCACUGCUGUUGCUUGGAUCACUUUGCAGUUGAAUUUUUAGCUUCUGCUUCUUGGCUUCUUCUUGAAAGUGUCAGCCAUGUCCGAGCAGGAAGAGGUAUCCUACAGCGAGGCCAUUCAGAAGGCCAACGACUCCAUCUCUCGCUUCCCUCUCAUCCCGAUCAGAGGGAUUCCUCUCAUGAACUACAUCGCCAACAACUUUGACUCUAUCCAGGCUUUUCGUCCGGACCCCUCGGACAUCUUCAUCGCCACCUACCCCAAAGCAGGGACCACGUGGACUCAGGAGAUUGUUGACCUGCUUCUUCAUAACGGAGAUGCCGAGUUCUGCAAACGAGCCCCGACGCCCGUCCGCAGUCCUUUCCUGGAGAUCUUCUCCCCCCCGCCCAUUCCCUCAGGUCUUGAGCUUCUGUCAAAAAUGGAUCCGCCGAGAAUUAUCAAGACACACCUUCCUUUUCAAUUGGUGCCAACUGGAUUUUGGGAAAGCAAGUGCAAAACGAUCUACGUGGCACGCAAUGCCAAAGACAAUGUGGUGAGCUACUUCCACUUUGACAAGAUGAAUCUGACCCAGCCGGAGCCGGGCCCCUGGGACGGCUAUGUCAACAAGUUCAUUCGUGGAGAGUUGUCUUGGGGCUCCUGGUAUGACCACGUGAAAGGAUACUGGGCGGAGAGAGAGAAGAGGAACAUCCUGUACCUCUUCUUUGAGGACAUCAAAGAAAAUCCCCGGCGUGAAAUUGAGCGCAUCAUGAGGUACCUUGACCUGUCGGUCUCUGAUGAGGUCAUCGGUCAAAUUGUGGAGCUCACGUCCUUCAAGAGCAUGAAGGCGAAUCCGAUGACCAACUACUCCUGCGUGCCGGCCUCUGUGUUCGACUACUCCGUCUCCUCCUUCAUGAGAAAAGGUGAAGUGGGCGAUUGGAAAAACCAUUUCACACCCGAGCAAUCGAAGAUGUUUGAGGAAGACUAUGAAAAGCAAAUGAAGGACGUCAACAUCCCAUUCAGGAGCCUCAUCUAAAGGACUUAACACGUUGAUGCAGUUCAGCGAUGGACUGACACCGGGCAGCUCUCAGAGGAAGUACUCGAAAAUCUGACGCAAGCUGAAAACCAAAUGUUAAACUGCUAUGAACCUCAUGAUGUGUAGCUAAAGAGGGAAUUCAUCUAUAGUGUGUGUCUGCGUGUGUGUAUGUGUGUGUGAAGGAUCAAUAAAAAUGUGCUCCACAAUACAA